AUGGCGAAGGGCCGCAGGUUGGCCGCAUCCGCGGGCACGGCAAUGGCCCGCGGCACCCCCGGGGGGCAGAAGCCGAGCGGCCCGAGUCUCGAAGUUGACGCGGUCCCCCAGCCUGUGUUGGAUUACGCCAAGCAGUUCGAGUCGUUCGACAAGCGGCUCGCGGCGCAGGAGCAGGCGAUGCCCCCGCCAGCCCUGCCGGCGCAGAUCGUCCUGCACGAUGCCAGGAGGAUCUGCCACAUUGCAUUCGAGAAGCGCUCGCGGGCGGCUGUUUGGACCACUCGGUGCGGAGUGUAUUUCGCCAGCUGUCGCGGCGCCCGGCUCGCCGAUGUGCUAUCGAGUGGUUGA